AUGCCCUCUGACGACAACGGCUCCAAUGGCGAGAAGCCAACUGCAACACCCAAACCGGGAAUCUCUUCCCGAGACUCGAUCACUACGUUGGCUGCCAACACUGGCCACACGAGCGAUGCCUUUGAUAAAGGUGAAGAGGAGAUCCAUGAUGAUAUGGCGCAACUUGCCAGGAGAUUGACAAGUCGGUCUCAGGGCGCGGGUGCACCAGCGUCACUGUUCCCUCUCCCAAGCAACGGACCCUUGGACCCGAACAGUGGUCAGUUCAACGCGAAGAAAUGGGCCAAGGCUUUUUACAAGGCUAGGAAGGAGUCUCUCGAGGGGAGCCCACCUAAAACAACUGGUGUCGCUUUCCAGAACCUCAACGUUUACGGCUUCGGCACAGACACCGACUUCCAGAAGACUGUGGGAAACAUCUUCUUGGAUGCAAUCACCUGGACAAAGAGGGCGUUCAACCAGAAACAAGAGCGUGUGGACAUCUUGCACAAUAUCGAAGGUGUUGUGCAUAGUGGCGAGAUGCUCUGCGUGCUUGGCCCCCCAGGUUCCGGGUGCUCAACCUUCCUCAAAACAGUUGCUGGCGAUACCCACGGCUUUCAUAUUGAAAAGUCAUCUACCCUCAAUUACCAAGGAAUCCACCCAGACCAGAUCAGAGGUGCAUUCAGGGGAGAGGCUAUUUAUACUGCCGAGGUUGAUCAUCACUUUCCGCAACUAACAGUCGGCGAUACAUUGUAUUUCGCCGCGGCCGCCCGAUGCCCCAGAAACAUCCCUGCUGGAGUCAGUAGAAAGGAAUAUAUCGAACAUCUCCGUGAUGUGACCAUGGCGAUUUUUGGCAUUUCACAUACGAAGAACACCCGCGUGGGUAACGAUUAUGUCCGAGGCGUCAGUGGUGGCGAGAGAAAGCGUGUUACCAUUGCUGAGGCUUCCCUAAGUUACUCCCCCUUACAAUGUUGGGAUAACAGUACUCGAGGCCUCGAUAGCGCCAAUGCAGUCGAGUUUUGUCGUACCUUGCGUACUCAGGCCGAUGUCAUGGGUUGCACUUCUUGUGUCGCGAUCUAUCAAGCACCCCAGGACGCGUAUGACCUUUUCGAAAAGGUCCUUGUUUUGUACAAGGGACGACAAAUCUUCUUUGGCAAGACCUCUCGGGCUCAGCAAUACUUUGAAGAACUUGGCUUCCUUUGCCCAGAUCAGCAGACAACGGCCGAUUUCCUGACUUCGAUGACAAGUCCUCAGGAACGCAUUGUUCGCCCAGGAUGGGAGAACAAGACGCCUCGAACUCCUGAGGAAUUUGCCCAAGCAUGGAAGGAUAGUCGUGACCGAGCGCUGCUAAUGGAGGAAAUCGAAGAUUAUGUUGAAAGACAUCCCUUCCAUGGCGAACACUACGACAAGUUUCUCGAAUCUCGGCGCAUGGACCAGUCGUCAGCCCAGCGCACCAAGUCUCCAUUUACGCUCUCGUAUCUCCAGCAGAUGACCCUGACUCUAUGGCGUAGUGUGGUUAUGCUCAAGACAGACCCCAGCUUAACCAUCACUAUGCUAGUGACCAACUUCCUCCAGGCCAUCAUUGUCAGCAGCAUUUUCUACAACCUCUCAGAGACGACAGCGGCUUUUCAGAACCGAUCUGUUCUCCUGUUCUUUAUUAUCCUUAUGAACGCCUUCAGCAGCAUCUUGGAAAUCAUCUCUUUAUAUGCGAAACGGAAGAUCAUCGAAAAGCAUGCCAGAUAUGCCCUCUAUCACCCAAGUGCUGAGGCGCUCUCUUCGAUGAUAGUCGACCUACCGUACAAGCUGGUAAACAGUGUCUUGACGAACAUCACAAUGUACUUCAUGGGCAACCUACGCCGGGAACCAGGCGCAUUCUUCUUUUUCUUCCUCAUCAUUUUCUCAACUACCAUGACAAUGUCAAUGCUUUUUCGCCUCAUUGCAUCUGUCACGAAAUCGAUCGCUCAAGCCAUGGCGCCGUCCGCGAUCAUUUUGCUUGGGUUGGUAUUGUAUACGGGCUUCACGAUUCCUGUGCAGUACAUGCGCAGCUGGAUCAAAUGGUGCCGCUGGGCCAAUCCCAUCUUCUACGGUCUCGAAUCUAUUAUGAUCAAUGAGUUUGCUGGCAGGGACUUCCCAUGCGCCACUUUCGUCCCUUCGGGUAGCGGAUACGAUGAUGUAUGGCCUAGCAGCAGAGCAUGCUCAGCGCAAGGGUCGAUGCCUGGACAGGAUUUUGUGAGCGGCACCGCGUAUCUGAGUGUUGCGUACGGUUACGAAACAUCGCAUCGGUGGCGUAACUGGGGUGUCAUGAUUGCGUUCGCAGUGCUCUAUCUCGCUUUGCACCUUGUAGCAACUGAGUACGUCGCCUCAGAGCGCUCCAAAGGUGAGGUACUGGUGUAUCUUCGCAAGGCACUGAAGCACCUCAAGACACCGAGCGAUAUCGAAAGCGGCCCUGCUAUUGCAAUGAACCACCCGACUUACGACGGUAAUGCUUCAGGAGCCGAGGUGGAGAAACAAACUGCCGUAUUCCAUUGGGGAAAGGUUUGCUACGACAUCAAGAUCAAAGGGGAGCCUCGGCGGAUUCUUGACGAAGUCGAUGGUUGGGUCAAGCCAGGUACUCUAACAGCACUCAUGGGCUCCUCUGGCGCGGGUAAAACUACCUUGCUUGACGUUCUUGCAAGCCGUGUGACUAUGGGUGUCGUUACAGGCGAUAUGCUUGUUAAUGGAAAACCUCGAGAUGAGUCCUUCCAGCGAAAAACCGGUUACGUCCAACAACAGGAUCUUCAUCUUCCUACCUCCACCGUUCGCGAAGCCCUGACAUUCAGUGCCCUUCUGCGGCAGCCAUCGCAGUACAGUCGACAGGAAAAGAUUGCUUAUGUGGACACUGUUAUCGGCUUGCUGAGCAUGGAGGACUAUGCUGAUGCUGUUAUUGGUGUUCCCGGAGAAGGUCUCAAUGUUGAACAGCGUAAGCGUCUAACUAUCGGCGUGGAACUUGCUGCGCGUCCUCAACUCCUCUUAUUUUUCGAUGAGCCGACGUCGGGAUUGGAUAGUCAGACGUCUUGGUCGAUUUGCAACCUGAUGGAAAAGCUAACUCAGAACGGCCAAGCUAUCCUCUGCACCAUCCAUCAGCCUUCUGCUAUGUUGUUUCAAAGGUUCGACCGGCUUCUGCUGCUCUCAAAGGGAAAGACCAUUUACUUCGGCGACAUCGGUAGAGGUUCUCGCACUUUGGUCGAUUACUUUACUCGCAACGGAGCCCAAAGUCUUCCUGCCGGAUCAAACCCAGCCGAGUAUAUGCUUGAGGUCAUAGGUGCGGCCCCAGGCGCGACAACUGAUAUCGAUUGGCCAGCGGUUUGGCGGGAAAGCCCGGAGUACCAGCAGGUUCAACAGGAGCUCAGCCGACUUGCUACUUCGACUGCUUCCACCCCUGUAAACGAAGACCCUUCCAUUUACAAGGAAUUCGCUGCUUCCCCUACUGAGCAGUAUCGUCAAGUCGUCCAACGAGUUUUCGAACAGUAUUGGCGAAGUCCUGGAUAUAUCUACGCUAAAGUCUUGCUUUCUCUCGGCUCGUCUCUGUUUACUGGCCUAUCGUUCUUGAACGGUGACAAUACCCAACGUGGACUGACAAACCAGAUGUUUGGCAUCUUCAUGUUCCUGAGUCUGUUUCCCAACCUGGUCAACCAGAUCAUGCCUGUCGUCGCCAACCAGCGAAUCAUGUAUGAAGCCAGAGAGCGUCCCUCUAAGACGUACUCUUGGAAGGCAUUCAUGGCUGCGAGCAUUCUGGUUGAGUUGUUCUGGAAUUCUAUUAUGUCACUUUUUGCCUAUAUCUGUUUUUACUACCCCAUCGGAUUAUACAAAAAUGCUGAAUGGACCGAUGCUGUCCACUCGCGGGGCAUUACUAUGUUCCUGCAUCUUUGGAUUUUCUUUGUGUAUACUAGCACGUUUGCGCACAUGUUGAUCGCCGGUCUCCCAACCGCUGAUGUUGCCGGAGGUGCUGGUAAUCUUCUUCUGAUUAUGAUGUUCACUUUUUGCGGUGUUUUGGCUGGACCUGAUGCUCUUCCGGGCUUCUGGAUCUUCAUGUACCGUGUCAACCCCUUCACAUACAUAAUUGAGAGUUUCAUGGGCACUUCUCUCGGCAAUGCUCCCAUGUACUGCGCUCCCAACGAGUUUAUUCGCUUCACUGCUCCAAACGGGUCAACCUGCACGGAAUACGCUUCUGACUACAUCAACCAAGUUGGAGGCUACCUCGCCAAUCCCAACGCUACCAAUUGCGAAUACUGCACCAUGUCUGAGACCAAUCAGUUCUUAGCUUCUGUUAGCAUCAGCUAUGGCCACAGAUGGAGAGACUUUGGGCUGAUGUGGAUCUUUUGCAUCUUCAACCUCGGCGCGGCCUUCUUGUUCUACUGGCUUGCAAGAGUUCCCAAAAAUAAGAAGGUGAAGAAGGAGUAG